ACCCGCGGGCUCCCGGGACCUCGGCUGAGCUGCGCGCGCUUGUGUCGGCGCCGGGGCGAAAUGAGCGGGACAGGGUCGGCGGGCACGGCCCGGGGGCUGCGGGUAGACGGGCUGCCACCGCUACCCAAAAGCCUGAGCGGGCUGCUGCACUCGGCGGCGGGUGGCGGCGCGGCGGGCGGCUGGCGGCACCUGGAGCGGCUGUACGCGCAGAAAUCGCGCAUCCAGGACGACCUGAGCCGAGGGGGCGCGGGCGGCGGCGGGGCGCGGGCUGCGGGGACGCGGACCAAGCCCCCCAAUCUGGACGCCGCGCUGGCGCUGUUGCGCAAGGAGAUGGUUGGCCUCCGACAGCUGGACAUGUCCUUGCUCUGCCAACUGUACAGCCUCUAUGAGUCCAUUCAGGAGUACAAGGGAGCAUGCCAGGCAGCCUCCAGCCUGGAUUGCACCUAUGCCUUGGAGAAUGGCUUCUUCGAUGAUGAGGAGGACUUCCAGGAGCAGGGCCCUCUCCAGGAAGGCCAGGGCCGAGGCCCUCCCCGGGACUUGUCACUGCCUGUUACUCACCUCUCCAGCAGUGACUGGAUUCUGGAGUCUAUCUAGUACCUCUGGAGUCCACUGACACAGACAGACUGGCAGCACCUGUUUGUUUAUCUCUCGCAAGAA